GGUUACUCUCUCUUCUUCCCUCUCUACAUCUCUCUCUCUCACACACACGUCUAUCGAUUACCCACUUCAAUUCACAGUCCAGCUCAUAAGCUAGUCAAACAACUCUCAUUGCUACUUGCUAUUACAUCAAAUACAUAGCCAACAUGUCUCAAUUCGGUACUUCCCCCACUGACACCAUGACCACCGACAAGUCGGUUGAGAUCAACGACGCUCUUUUCUGCGAACACGAGAUGGAAGUCUGCCAACAAUGCCAAUUCGACGGACGAGAAGACAACGACGCCAUGAUGGGAUACGACCCUUUGCCUCGAGCUGCUCUUGAGAUUCCCGCUCAUUACAAGUCCAACAAGGAUGGAUCUAUUCUCUGCAAGGCUCAUGCCAACAGCGAUUGCAAAUCCUGCUUCGGAUGGAAGAAACAGAUCGGCAAGCUUCACAAGGAGGCAAAGAAGGCUGGUAUGAAGAAGCAAGCCAACAGUUGGGAGUGAUCUUGCUCCUGGGAAUCUCCGGAGUUUCGGAGACCAGUUUGACCCAUUGGUCGUCUUCCCCUUUCUCAUUCCCUUACCCCAAGUCUCCCCAAGUUGUCGCCCACAGUUGUUGUUUAAAAGUCGAAAGCGUUGCCACAAAGUCAAAGCAAGUUGUCAAAUAAAGGGAGGAAAGUUGUGAAGUAGGUCAAAUGCACGAGUGGGAAGUCAUAGCAGCGGCAUGCAUUGUUGCUCGAAAAGUCG